AUGCCAGCUUUUUCUAUUAAUGCAAAAGAAUCUAUUUAAAUUUGCUUCCUUGUUGAUGCUACAGGGUCAAUGUAACGAUAUGUUGACAAAGUUAGGCAAGAAAUAGAAAAGAUUUGUAAAAGUAUAAAAUAGGUUUAGUAAACUGAUUUGAAGAUAUAUGUAAGUAUGGUUGCCUAUCGAGAUAGAACUGAUGAUAAAAGCGUAGAAAAAAUAGAUUUUACAGAUAAUCUGGAUCAGUUUUAACAAUUUAUUAAGCAAUUAAAUUACAAAGGAGGAGAUGAUUAAUGUGAAGAUGUUUAAAUUGGCUUAUAAGAGGUUAUCAAACUUCAAUGGAAGUAAAGUUCAUUAAACCUUUUGGUGUGGAUUGCAGACGCUCCCUGCCAUGGUUAGGAAUUUCAUGACGAUAAUGCUAAUGACCAUUUUCCAGAAGAUGAUGGAGAAGAAUUAAAAAAGUUACUUAAAUAAAUAUGUGACCUUAAUGUAGACAU